AUAUAUAAAACAAACUAUAUCACCACUCUCUCAUAACUUGAAAGAGGAAGCUCCAAACACCAGAAUGGAAGAAAUAAAAUGGAUAAUACCCACUUCACUCUUCCUCCUAACUUUCCUCAUCCUUUUGAAAUUGAUUCAAAAGAAACAAAAGUACAAAAACCUUCCUCCUUCCCCGCCAUCUUUCCCACUCAUAGGCCACCUCCACCUCUUGAAACAACCCUUACAUCGAAAUCUCCACAACCUCACUCAAACCUACGGCCACGUCUUCUUCCUCCACGCCGGAAUACGCAACAUCCUCGUCGUCUCUUCACCAUCCGCAGUAGAAGAAUGUUUGUCAAACAAUGACAUAACAUUCGCAAAUCCAAUUCUUGGCUUCAUGUUAGCUUUCAAAUCAAGUGCUUGUCAACAAUUCUUGGCUUCAUACUUUUCUCAUUAUUAUUUAUCGUAUAUAUAAAGGUUACAGGGCUAUAUCGGUAAUUACACUAAAUAAUUACAUUUAAACUAAUUCCUAUUCACAUCCCCCUCAAAUUGAUGCUGCUUGUCAAUGAGCAUCAAUUUGCUAACAAGAAACUGAUGACGUGGACGCGGAACAGCCUUGGUAAGAAUAUCUGCAAUCUGCAACUGAGUACUGACAUGAGGAAGUGAUAUUAUUCUGCCGUAACACUUGCUGAAAAAUAUCUCAAUUACAAUAAUACAACAUUAGGGUUUGUUUCUUACGGUGAACUCUGGCGCAAACUACGUCGUUUAACAACUAUGGAGCUUUUCUCCACCAAUCGCGUUGCGAUGUUCGCGAAAGUUCGAGAAGAAGAGGUGAGAUUGUUGAUUAAGCAAAUAUUUGAAGGGUGCAAAGGAGAAAUAAUGUCAAAGGUUGAUCUCAAAACAAAAACUUUGGAGCUUUCUUUCAACAUCAUGUUGAGAGUGAUAUCUGGGAAACGAUACUAUGGUGAAGGUGAUGGUGUUGCCUUAGGAGGAAAGGAGUUUCAAAUUUUAUUGAAUGAAUAUAUAGAGCUACUUGGAAGUGGAAACUUGAAUGAUUAUUUUUCAUUACUGAAAUGGAUUGAUUUUCAAGGGAACAAAAAGAAGAUGGUGAAGUUGAUGAAAAAAAUGGAUACCUUUCUUCAGAAACUGGUUGAUGAGAAACGGAGAGAUUGGAGCAAUGAAGAAAGAAAUAUGACGUUGAUUGAUGUUAUGUUAGACUUGCAGCAGAAGGAACCAGAAUUCUACACGGAAGAAAUUGUGAAAGGUGUUAUUCUGGUUAUGCUUGUAGCUGGCUCUGAAACUUCAGCUAGAACCAUGGAAUGGGCAUUCUCACUUCUUCUCAACCAUCCAGAAAAAAUGAAUAAGGUUAGGGCAGAGAUAAACACAGUUAUACAUGAAGAUCAUCUUAUGAAUGAAUCAGACGCUUCAAAACUAAAAUAUUUACAAAACGUAAUUAUGGAGACACUUCGUUUAUACCCUGUAACUCCAAUGUUGAUACCACAUGAAUCCUCCAAUGAUUGCAAUGUUUGUGGCUUUGAUAUACCAAAAGGGACAAUACUUCUCGUGAAUCUUUGGACUCUACAUAGGGACCCUAAUUUAUGGGUGGAUCCAAUAAGGUUUGUGCCAGAAAGGUUUGAAGAAAGGGAGUUAGAUAGUGAUAUUUAUUAUAAUAUGAUUCCAUUUGGUGUUGGAAGGAGAGCUUGUCCUGGAUCUGCUUUAGCAAAACGUUUUAUGGGAAAUGCAAUAGCAUCUUUGAUUCAAUGUUUCGAGUGGGAGAGGAUUGGGAAUGAGGAAAUUGACAUGACUGAAGGAAUAAGUAUCACAAUGCCUAAAGUUAAACCUCUGAUUGCAUUAUGCAGGCCACGCCAAACUAUGGUAAAGGUUCUCUCGAAUAUAUAACUUAGGUAUUAUGCAGGUUGUGUUGUAUGUAAUUAAAUAAAUAAAAAUAUGUGUGAAAAAUAAAUAAAUGAAUUGCAAGAUAAACUAAAUAAAAAUCGACAUCCAAUAUUUUUUUUUA